GUCAAACGAUUCUUUACCAAUUUCGACCAGGAAGUUUGAGACCAAAAACAUCGAAAAUGUUGUAUUUGGAAGAUUAUCUGGAAAUGAUUGAAAAUCUUCCCAUGGAAAUGAGGGAAAGAUUCACUGAAAUGCGUGAAAUGGACUUGCAAGUUAACAAUUCUAUGGACAGUCUAGACGAACGCAUCAAGUCUUUCUUCAAAAAGUGUCUGCAGCCAAACGUGGAUGCUGAUUGGAAGACCGACAAUUUUGGUAAAAUCAAGGAGGACUACUACAAUGCACUGGAAAAUGCAGAUGAGAAAGUCCAGUUAGCCAAUCAAAUUUAUGAGCUUGUUGACCGACAUUUACGAAAAUUGGACCAGGAAUUACAAAAGUUUAAAAUGGAGUUGGAAGCUGAUAAUGCUGGAAUUACAGAAGUAUUAGAAAAACGGUCUUUAGAGUUAGAUAUUCCUCAACAGGCAAUGAAUAAUCAUAGAUUUAAAGAGCGAAAACACCUCCAUGCAGCCCUUACGAAUCACGUCGACAAACGGUCCAGUACCGACAAAGUCUUGUCAUCGCUGGCCAAUGAAGCAGCUAGAGAAACCCUUACGUCCCACAGAAGUGCUACCUCAUCUCCAAGUGUCUUUACAUCAAACGCUCCUCAGUCGUCACUGGGAUACAACGUUGUCCAAAAUCAACCGUCAAGGAAAGUUACCGUUGGUCAAAUGGGUGCAGGUAGCAAUGCUGCUAUCGCUGCUGCAGCAUCGCAAGCGAUCGCAGCCACGCAGCAAAUGCAGCAGGGAAGGCGCACGGCUAGUCUGAAAGCUAGCUAUGAGGCCAUGAGCAAAAGUUCAAAUUUCGCCCAAGAGUUGUUGGGUGGUUAUGCUGGUGCUGCUGCGGCAUUAAAUUCUGAAGCACCGCCGCCCCCCGCCCCAACAACGUCAUCAUCCACUUCCAGAUCUAGUAGGAGUAGUAAAAAAUCGAGUAGCAAGGCAGCAGCGGCAGCCGCCCGAGAAGCAGCUGCUCAACAACAACAACAGCAACAACAACAACAAUCUUUAGCGCUAACGCAACCCUCAGUGAUGCCGACGACCAGCCAACCUACGACUCAAACUGCUGGCACAACGGGCGAGGGAGAGGUGUUGGAAGAGGCACCAGCUGGUGUUGAAUGGACGUACGAUCCUAAUGAACCACGAUAUUGUGUUUGUAACCAGGUUUCUUACGGUGAUAUGGUCGGCUGUGAUAACGAUGACUGUCCUAUCGAGUGGUUCCAUUACGGCUGUGUAGGUCUCACCCAAGCUCCAAAGGGCAAAUGGUAUUGUCCGCAGUGUCUUGCUGCAAUGAAACGACGUGGGCGCAGAUGAGGACAUGAUGACUGGUAGACGUGGGUUCAAACGAUGGUACCAGUCUGGAGCAUGUCUGCAACGGCUACUGGAGACAGGGGUAGAAAAUGCUUUACUGGAGAACAUGCGACCUAACUGAGAACAGACUAAUAGCUUGCUUGUACUUGAGAACAGAAUUGAGAAAAUAACCCACUUGAUAACAGAUAAGAAAAUAAAGAUAACCGUGAAAAGACUAAAAUAUGACGAGAGGAGAUUAUUUCAAGUAUCCAAGCUACAUGUACUUGGUUGAAGUAUCUAAGCUACAUGUACUUGGUUGAAGUAUCCAAACUACAUGUACUUGGUUGAAGUAUCCAAGCUACAUGUACUUGGUUGAAGUAUCCAAGCUACAUGUACUUGAAAUAUUUUAAAAAUGUAGAUGCGAAGUUUUGAAAAUAAACUCAAGAGAGGCGAAAUUAUCCCAGAGUGAGCUGAAGGCAACCCAGUAACAAAUGAAAUGGUCAAUAAACUCUUCCUGAAAAAAACAACAAAUGUACCUUUGGCCACGGUGGACAUUGAACAAACCUCUCCUUGACUACUCUGUGUGGGUACUUAGUUGGUUUUGAGUUGGACUUGUGUUCCUUGUUGUGGAGUCGUGCAGUUAAGGGCAUGAAAUAUAGUUGUCUUGUGGUAUCUAGGUCUAACAAUGAAUAAGCAUGCAUAUGCAGAAAUAUUGCUUGUUGCGGAGACGAAAAUGGCUUGGUUGCGGAGGGCUUUAUGAUUGCUUGGAAGCAUGUUGGCGGGCCUGAUCCAGUCGGUGAUUGGGGUCUUGUCCGACUCCUUAGAAUAGGGGUUACAUGUGUGAUAAUGAAUUGAAAGAAAAACAAAAAAACUGUCUAAGUCUACUUGUACAUGGUAAACUCCUUACUUUAUAAAAACAUAUUGAUGUGGUUCUAAUUAAAAAUCCAGGGAUAUAAGUCUAUUUGGUGGGAAAUGUUACCUCAAUUAUUCCAUGAUAACUUCUUAACCAUAAAAAUCAGAUGGAAUGAAUUCAUACUGUAAAUUUCCUCUUCUGCUAAGGUGGUCUUAACAAUCUUUGCAUGAGCAUAAUAUGGAUUGUCCUUGGGUACCAAUUCGUAUUGAUGAUGUUACCAAUUGCCGAUAUUGUGAGGCAGUGUCUGUACUUGAUAUCAUGCUUAAAAAGUGCUGUUGAGACUAGCAUAGUGUGGAACCUCCCUUAUCAGACACCUCUGUUAGCAGGACACCUUCUUAAUAUGACUUUUUAUCAGGACUCAUCUCUGUCAGCACAUAUUUGUUAGUCCUUGGGUGUUCUUAUUGGGAGGUUUUACCAUAGUUUAAAAGGGCAGUAGUGUUUGUUAUUUAAAAAAGCUGAAGAGUGAUGUUAGCAAAAACUUUUAAAAGAGGAGUUCACUGUGUCGUCGCAUGCCCAGGUGUGGGAGGUGGUCAGAAUAGACAGAUGCUGGUGUAAAUAGGACUUUAACAAAGCAAUGUUGGGUGUUCAAAUGAUUUAGUUAUGGCUUGAAUUGAGCCAGCUGACAAAGGUACUGGACAUGCACGCCUGUCUGUUGGUGUAAGACGGUUGUGAUUGAAGAAUAGAACAAUAUGUCUGUUGAACAUUGCCAGCACUCAAUAAAGAAUGAAUUUUUCUA